AUGGGGCGCGAUGGAUCGAGAAGGAAACGAAACGAUGAAGAAUCCCAAAUGAACGCCCAAGAAUCUUCUUGGGGUUGUGGAGCGCGGUGUAUGGGGAUUCUUGGUGUUUUGACCGUCAUUUUAGUGGUGGCUGUCAUUCAUGUGGCAAUCAGCGAUGAGCGCAAGACGUAUUUCGAUGAACUAGUCAGUACGGGAGGUGCUAUUCGCUCGGCGCGUGAUGUUCAUAGCGAUCUCAAGGAUAACCCCGUGAAGAUUUGCCAAACUGAGGAUUGCAAAAAAGUGGCAAAAUACAUAAACGCUUCCAUGAAUCAUUCCAUAGACCCAUGUGAAGACUUUUUCGAUUACGUUUGCGGGGGCUGGAUCAAAGCCAAUCCCAUUCCCAAGAGUUCCUCGACCUAUUCCACAUUUGCUAAGCUCAAUGGGCAUGUGGAAAGAAAUCUGAGGCGCAUAUUGGAGAAGAGAAUAACAUCUUCUAGUAAGAGGCUCUUCCAGCUGCCAAAGAAGUUUUAUGACUCCUGCAUGGAUCUCAAAACUAUUGACAAAAUAGGGGAUAAGCCAUUACGGGACUUGAUUCAUGAAAUUGGCUCCUGGAGCAUUGAUAGCAAUUCAGGCUGGAAUGAGGAAAACUGGAACCUCGAGGGAACUUUGUUGAAAAUUCAUAAGCACUAUACGUCCGCUGGCGGGCCUUUGUUUUCUGUUCACAUUAGUGACGAUCCAAUAAAUAACACCAGACACAUAAUUGAGGUAAGUGCCCUUCAAUCAAAGUCAUGGUGUGAUUGCUAGAAGGCUUUCACUGUCCACUCGAUGCUUGUGAAACCGAUGGAAGAUUUCAAAUUAGACCAGUCUGUCUGAAUCGCAUCAACGGCUCUUGCGGGAGUCCUAUUUAGGCCUUUCUCGUGUUUAUUAUAAAAACUAGCAAUUCGUGUACUUAUUUAAUUGUUUAACGAAAUUAAAUGAAAAUUCAGACCUUGAUGGAAAGAACGUUUAAAAACGACAGAGUUCUACCAUUAUCAAUAUUGUAAAUUAUGAUUUUUCGUAUGGAAAGUAGGACAUUUCCUGAACCUGAGACCGUUUGAUUCUAUUCUGUUAACUUAAGAGGCGGCGUAUAACCUGUUACAUCUGGCUUGGACUACCUGCCGUUUGUUUCAGAAACACUACCGAUAAAAGAUGAAUUUGUUUUUACACAAAAAACGUUUACCAAAGCCUGCCCCAAACUCCCAAAGAAAUCCAACAGUUGACUUUCCUCGUUAAAAUCUGAAAAAAGCGUCAAGUAAACAUCCUUCCAAAGGUUUUUAUGUAAUUGGUAAGGUUUUAGAAAUUUAUCCAUUGACAAUAAAGUUAGAGCUGCGUGACAUGUUUUCUUAACCGUCUUUGGGAGUGAAGAAACAUAUCAUGGCUAACAGCAAGUGAGAAUACGAAGACACGAUGAUACGGCCGGGGUGAACCUCUCUCACACUAUGCCAAUAGGGCAAGCUCCUUCCAGGACGGAAGCCUCCAAGGAGUCGUAACAUGUGCCAUUACGGAUUCACACCACGCUAGAAGUGGGGGGAGGGAGAAGCGUUGCCUUGACGUGAUCUAUUUGUUGGACUCGCAACCCGUCGAUCCCAGGUUCGAGUUCUGCUGUGAUCCCUAGCUGCAUUUCUCUUUGGUUGUUCAAUACCUCGGCCACAUUUGGAAAUAGCCAACUGGCAGCUGCCUAAUACAUGUUGGAAUUUUUCACCAAGCUUUGUUUCCUUGAGAUUAUUUUUCUUGUGAUUUAUCGAGUGGAGCCUAGUGUCAAAUUGGUGGAACAGCUGGAAGCACUUUCAGGGAAACAAUGACUCAUAAUUUAAUUAUUAUUUUGCAAACAUAUCUCCUGAGCAUAGAAUUCUUAGAGGGAAGUAUACGCAACGAGGCUUGAAUCAGAAAUGAUUAAUCUUCAAUUUUGAGAAAUAAUGUGUGAUAUAGAAAUGUCCUUCCAACAUUUGAGUCCCUGAAAAAAAAUCCCAUUGGAUGACCAUCAAAAUGAAACCUUACUAUAAGUUGUUUCAUUUGCAAGAUGACAUUCAGCAAUGUUUCUCUAGUUUCGAUUUUGGGGAGUAUUUAUUCAGUUUGUUUCAUUUCCUCGUUACUUUGCUUGAGAUUCUGUCCAACGCCAAUCUUCCUUGUGGAUCAGAGGCCCUUGGUUUAGAUCAGCUUUUGCGGCACAAUCAAGACUCGCACUCUUUUUGCUUAACUUUCAUCUGGGCGUUAUCGUCAUGGUUCUCAUGGUAAAAGCGCCGGUAACUGGAUAAUGAUCAUUUGAAAGUCUUGUAUGUUUGUCUGAAACGUGUAAUUUUUAUCGACCAGGUAGACCAGUCUGGGCCAAGUCUAUCCCGAGAAGUGUACUUUGACAGUCCAAAGGUAAGAGAAAAACUUUAUCAGGGUUGCCAUUCUUCAAAAGCGUCAGCCGAGUAAAUCGUGUUCAAGGGCUAAAUGUCACAAGGAUAUUGCUGUUUAGGUCAAUUCUGUGCUGAAAUCAUUUCUUAGUGCUUUAAACCGUACAAGAAAAGCUCCUGCAGAGAUAUAAGAAAAUAUCAGACAAAUUUGGUUACUCUAGAUACAACGUAGAAUCUGGUUGGGCACUACGAUAAUAAGCACACCCUCAAUACCACGUGUAAAAAGUGACAUAAUCUUAGGAGGCAGCGUGACCGAGUGGUCAGAGCGACGAACUCACGAUCUGGCGGUCCCGUGGGCUCGAGUACCGCGCGCUCUGACCACUUGCUGGAUUUGCUCCUCGUUCUUCCCGAGUUCAAAUCCUAAGCAAUGCAGGUAAAUAGGUAGCUAACUGGCUGCAUCCUAACACUUUGGAUUUUUACUCCUGUUGUGUUCCAUCUGAAUUAUCUGUUUCUACUUGAGUGGAGUGCCUGUAAACUAACUGGAAAGCUAUAAAGUGCACUUCCGCAAUAAAGGGCAAACCUUAAUUUAUUAAUGAAAUUAAUUUCAAGAUCAUAAAAGCGUACAAGCAGUUUAUUACCGCGGUUGGAAAACUCCUCGGAGGUGAUGAAAAGAUGGAGAAACGUGCUGAAGAGAUUGUAACCUUUGAAACAAAACUGGCCAACGUAAGUAUAAAUCGCUUGCGGAGAAAAGAAAUCAAUAUUUAAUAUUUGACUUAGUGCUAAAAAUGACAGGAAUUUGCUGGGUAUGUGCCGCUGGCUUCUUAGAACCCCUAGCCCAUUAUAAUCUAUUCUGUGUCAAGUUAUAGACCCCAUAUUAGUCACUUUUAUGAAAAUGUAAUUUUUGUGAUCCCAACUCCGCCACUUUCGGUUUAGGCAUCUACUUUAUAAAGCCUUUUAAUUAUUGAUCCUGAAAUGAAUUGCCACAUUUGUAAAACUUAAAAACUUUAAUUAAGUUCGUGAGUAUGUAUUUAAAAAUGUAAUCUUUUAUUAGACACUUUUUUUUUGUUUUUGUUUUUUGUAUUUUUGUAUUUUGUAUUUUUGUAUGUGUGGUUAUGUUUUUGUUUUUAUUUCAGAGCGUACUGUAAAUAUUAAGUGUUAAUCUCUCUUUUAUCUACAUAAUUAAGUAUUAAUUAAUUCUUUGUAAAAUAAGCCUCAUUCGGCAAUUGCGCGGCUGUUUCGUGGCUGUAAUGUAUAUAAUUGUGAAAUGUAGAUAAUUGUAAGUAUGUCUGUUAUUGCGGUUGUUUAGAACUUUGUAAUUAUUUUCUUUUAAGUAGUUCUUUGUAAUUAUAGUAAUAAAUGUCUUGAAUAAAAAUAAAUAAAUAAAUAAAAAAAUUAAAAAAAAAACAUAAAAAAAAAAAACUUAAUGUAGUAAAAAUCUGUCCUUUUUUGAAUCCCUACCAACUUGUGUUUUGUCAACCCUAAAAUCCCGAAAAUAUGCGACCCCAUUCUUGUAAUUCUAUUGAAAAUGCAACCCCAUUAUAGUCAAUCCAGUCGUGAAAAUGCGAUCCCAUCCUGCGGCACAUCCCCAUUAAAUUAUUACUAGGAAGUACCCCCCAGGCGUUUUCACAUGACGUCACUUCCGCCAUAUUGGAGUCCCCAAACAAUGAAAUGGCAGCCAUGUUGGUGUUCCAAACCAGUCCCGCGGGAGUGGAACUUUUUCUUACAUUGUUCUAAUAAAUUUGCAUAUAGUGGCCACCUGAGUGAAAAGGCACUUUAUGUAAGUAGCAUUGUACAGUAGUUAGAAAAAAGUUUCUAAGCUUACCAUUGCCCAAAAUGUAAGUUGGGAUAGUGUGUUGACAGCCUUCUGCUUAAAGGCUUAAAUAAGCAUAAACAUAAGAAUAUCAAGUGAUUCUGUUCUUCGAUAUUCAGAGUCGCAGGUAAGCAUAUGCUCAAGCACAUGCUCAGGCGCAUUCACCUUCUUAGAGCAGCAACCCUUUUUGGCAACGCCACGCAGAGAGAUCGCGGCUAUGGGAACGAAAAUGGCACCUAAGCGAUCAAGGAAGGAAUUUUUGACGAAAUCCGGGCCCUUACGUUUGCCAUCAUUGGAAUUAUUAUUAGCAGUGCAAUAUUUUCAUGCGUCUUCUCCUGCGUAUUCUACCACAGGCUAAUACUUAUCGCUAGUGAGAACACCGUUGUACUUUUGUUUGUGAUUAUUUUACGGAGUCGACAUUUAACAAUGUACAGUUAUCUGAUUACGUCGACGCUUAAAUGAAGCGUUUUGCGUCGUUCUAAGCGAUACAUAUAUGCUCGCCUCAGACCAGAAGUCGUAAUAAUGUCUAACACUGGAAUCAUUACCAUGUUAAGAAUGUUACGUCACUUGCGUAAACGAUGUUUUCUUAAUAUUUUUAGAUCAGUGUUCCUGACGCUGACAAGACUGACUCCUGGUUCAACCGGUUGAAUAUUUCUUCGUUAGCAAAAAAAGCGCCCGGGGUAAGAUUCACUGAUCGAUUUGAAUCGUUUGGUAAAGAACGGCUCCAAAAAUUUUAUUAAAGGCCAUUCCUCUGAAAUAGAACCUGCGCUUAAAUUUUUGUAAAGCUUUACUAAUUGUUUAUGUUGAAUAAAGUUAAAUUUUGCAGUAGAAUCUGAGGUUCCCCAUACUCGAUUAGGAGCAACUUUGUGAGCAAUGAUUCCUUAAAAUCUUCAAUAUGAUUGCAUCUAUGAGUAUAUGUUUUGAACACAUUUCCGAGGUUUAUUUCUUUUUCUGCUGCACAUGGAUUAUAAUUAUUCUGGAGAAAAAAAGUCACUGCUCACUUUUAAAAAGAGAAAAACAACGCUAGUUCAUCACACUCGUUUACAUCUUUGAAUAGCUCAAGCCCUAAGGCAAAAGCCGCCAUGUUUUAAUGUUCACGCGCUUAUCUCGCGUGAAUUUAUGCGCAGUAAGUAUGCGCAAUGCGAUACUAAGAAAUAACCCUAAUAUUCGCUUCUUUUACUUUAUAGUAUCCAUGGAUGCAUCAUUUAUCUUCAAUAUUUUCUAACGAAACCCUUACAGGGGAUGAAGAGAUCAUUGUACCCGCUCUUCCUUACCUUCAAAAGAUGUCCAAGAUCAUCGAGGAAACACCCAAACGGUAAGAGCAACAUUUGCAUAUCCAAGUUCCUUGAUGAUAAACUCAUUUGCCCAUUGACGGCGGAUAAUUCAGUCGCCCUAGCAUUUCGCAUUUUGGAAAUUCAAUUGCAAACAACAAAACAUUCGCGCUAUUCUUAAGAUAUGAUGAAAUCCCAUUCUUUUCUCACUCUUAUCAUCAUCAUCAUCAUCAUCAUCAUCAUCAUCAUCAUCAUUGCAAUCGUAAUCGUAAUCAACAUCGCCGUCAUUUUAAUCAUCAUCAUCAUCAUCGUCAUCGUGAUUUUCAUCUUUAUCAUGACUACGAACACCAAAUCACUGUUCCCAUCACUGACAUUUUCAUCAUCAUCAUCAUCUCAUCAUCAUCAUCAUCAUCAUCAUCAUCAUCAUCAACAACAACAACAGCAACAUAUUACCAUCCUUGUUGUUGUCUUCAUUAUCACGUUAAGCAUUCUCUAAAGAAGAUGUUGAAAUGCAUCCCCCUCUCUUUCUCUCUUACCUUUGUAAGGUAAAAUAACCCAACAGUCAAAUAAUAAAGUAAAUACUGAUAGACUGACUGAUAAGGUUAUUCACCGAUAUUUAGAGACUACUACUGGUACUCUCAAUUGUUUUCACGUCAACUACCUAGGGGUUUUAGCUUCGAUUAAGGGCGCUUUUGACUUUGGCUUAUUUAAGAACAAUUACUUGACAUUAACUAGGACAAAGAACGGAAGACAAGAAGGACGAGUUAAAAGAGUAUAUUUGUCUCAUAUGGUGUAGUUUGUAUUGUUUCCAGGAUCCUUGCAAACUAUAUAGUGUGGAAUGUCAUUCAAGACGAAGUCUCGUUCCUUUCUAAGCCCUACCGUGACGCCCGGACACAUUAUCGAGAGCGGGUCCUGGGUUCCAAGGGUCAGAAGAAGCGCUGGAAAACAUGUGUGACGUUCACCAACGAACUACUGGGGGACGUUUUGGGGUCAGCUUACGUGGAGCAUCAUUUCAGCAAAGGAAGCAAAAAGAUGGUAAGUAACGCACAAUAAUGAGUCAUUUAGCUUAUUUUCCAAAGCGACUCUUUGUGCUUACAGCUACGAGUCUUUUACUACCAUAAGAUAUUUUUUUCACUGCUCUGUUGUUUAUAUUUUUGAAUCCCGGUGACGUUUGUUAACAACCUUAGUCUACAUAAGAAGACAACAAAAGAAAUGAAAGUGCAAUGGUUGCACUGUUAGUUUUUUAAUUGGCUUCUUGACAGAAGAGGUCUAUUUUGCGGUAACAUUUACAAAAAUCAAUCCAGCUAGAUAUAUAAUAUACUUAUAUUUUUCCACAUCUCGCAAUAUUGUGUCUAUCAUGUCUAAUUCCCGUUUGGUUUCCAAUCAUUAGGCAGAAGAUAUGAUCAUAGAGGUCCGAAAUGCUUUCAAAGAUAACGUUAACUCCAUUCCCUGGAUGGACAACCUUACCAAGAUGGCGGUCAUGGACAAGGUGCUAAUCAGUCUUGUUACUGAAACUAUCAUAGCAUUUAUAUAAAAUGGAAAACGGAUAUAAUGCUACCUUCCUUGGGACAAGGUUUCCCGCAAGUUAACUAGUGUGAAGCCAUGAAUUGUCUUAGGCUAUGCAGGCGCGGAAUUAGGAUAAAUGCUGACCGAUUUCCUAAAUGAGGGCCGAAGGCGCAAGCACUAUCUAGCGAAACCGGGAGGCAGGCUCCCCAAGAAAUGCCAGUUUGGUUUUUAACUCUUUAAGUCCCCUUUUCUGGGUUUUCGAGUUAUUCGGACAGGAUAUUGCCCAGGUUUCAACCUGGGAAGCGUUUUUUAUUAUUAAAAAUAUUUCUAUUACGAAAAAUAUGACCGAUUUCCGUAAACCGCUUGUGAAUACGCGCCUACUAUGUCUGAACAAAACCUGAAAGCUUUUCGUACCGACUUGAAAAUCUGUCUGGUACAUUAUUAACGGCAUCGGCACAGACCUAGAACAUGUCGACUACGGCCACACACAUAAAACAUCGAACCGGUGCGGUUUGCCGAGGGUUUGGUGCACUAAAUCCCAAUCCUCACUCCUUAAUAUUUAUUUCCAUCUCAGUGGGUACCCAGUCUACCUCUUACUGUUUAAUUCCGCUACUGUGCGAAUACCUAGGCCUGUUCACACCGCGACAAAGAGUAGCAGAAACCCAUCCGAUAUAUGACGCUCCACUUUCGAGAUCGGCGCGACACGUUACAGAAGUCCCGCGGAAAUCACCGUUUUUAAGCCUGGUUUUCACUAGCGCAUAAGCAUAAACAUAAGCAUAAGCGCACCACAUGUGUAAGCAAGUGGAAACUGGUUCGACGUAAACAAAAGCAUAAGCACAAGAAAACGGGCAAGUUCGUUCUUCUUGUGCUUGUGCUUAUGCUUAUGUCGUAACUUUGACUAGUGAAAACUGGGUCGACAUAAGCACAGGCAUAAGCACAAGGUCGUGGACCAAUCAUAGGUCACUUUUACCCAGACCUCAUGCAAAUAUGGCGGACGCCUCGUCUGCCAUCCUGUUUAUCAUCGGGUCGAGGAGAGCUGGUAUCGAGAAUUGAGUCAAAUAUGCCAUUCUGCGCGUGCGUAUGUCCUUAUGCUUAAUUAUGCUUAUGCGGUAGUGAAAACCAGGCUUUAAGUGUAAACAGAAGCUUUAUCCGGUAUGGUUUUCGUGUUGGAGCUGAAGUUAUGCGGUAUUGUUGAACAUAGCCAUACGUCCUGUUUGACAUUCAAGUGGUUCCGAUGAACGCACCUAGUGGCAUUCUGAUCUCCAUUAAGGGAAAUAAAACAGUUUCCUUGGUUCAGCAGUAGCCUUAAUACAGUAAGCCAUGAAAGCCAUUAAAGGUAUUAUUCAUCGUGGUAUGCGUUCCAUACCAGGUUUACAACAGUUUCAUAAUUAACCAGGAUUUGUGUGGAAAACCACUCAAACAUGACUGGGCGGCAAGAGUCGUUUUUCCCAAAAAUCUUCGUAAUUUUCGGCGCUUGUUGGUAUCGCUACUUUUGAAAUAUACGGCUAAAAAAAUUUACAGAUUACCCAGUUUAAUAUGCUUUUCCAGUUCCUGCUAAAAUCAUGUUUCCAAACGAAUGCUCUCUUGUUUGUUUAUAGUGACCAACUAUUACAAAAAGGCCUAUUAUUAUUGUUAUUCUUCUUAUUGUUCUUAUUAUUUAAAAUAAUAAUUUUAGGCAGAUGCUAUACACGAUGAAGUUGGGUUUCCACACUACUUAGUUGACAAGAAGAAAUUCAAGAAGAGGUUCAAAAAGUAUGAUCAUGUAAGUGCUGACAAAUCCUUUUAUGACUGUUGCAAAGAUACAACGUUAUAACGGCAAAAUUCUUUAUGCUUAACAAUGUUACCAUUAUAAUUGAAUAGCAACACUAAUGGUUCAAUAUGAUAACAGUAAGCAGGAGUAAUUUUUCUCGCUCAGUUGUUGACACAUGGAUAUACCCCAAGUGAACGAAAAGGGAACGCCUUCGAAGUACAAGCCUAGCAUCUCGCCUUAAAAAAGGCUCGGCAUAUGGCAUAGCCACGUCCCGGGGGGGGAACCCCAUAUGAAAGGGGUGGGGAUGCUCGUCGCCUCGCUUAGGGGUACAAAUUUCGGAUUUUGGUCUCACUUAGGGUGUUCUGGGCAAAACGCCAUCAAGCCAUGAAGGUCUCGUUUAGGGUUGCACGCGAAAAAUAUAAAAUAUAAAUAUUGUCUGGGUUUUAACAUGGUCUCUUUUAGGGGUCAAAAAAAGCUUGGGCCCCGCCCAGAUCGGUCUCCUUUAGGGGUUUAAUUCAAAAUUUCCGACAAGCAACCCCACCUCUUUAAAAGGCGGAGUCGCACCCCAGGAGCCACGUCUGAGAAUGAAUUUACUUGAAUGAUAAUCAAUUACUUUUGGUCCAAUUUAGGUGGAUAUAAAGGACAACAGUCUUUUUCAAAACAGAAUCCAAAUCCUAAAAAUGGCGCACAAAAGGAUGCUUGCUAAACUAAGAAAGCCUGUAGACAAAGAAGAGUGAGUCAUUUUCUUACAUUCAGUUAAAACCGUUUGUAAUUCUAUUAAUGGACUGCUCUAUAAAUAGUAAAUCCUUAUCCUUGGCGGCCGCAAAUUCAAACAGUUUGGGCUGAUUUAAUUCGGUGGCAGCACCAUUCAGCGAUGAAGGUAUACUCAAGCAAGGCAAACGCUUUGCAAUUUUUAAUUUGAGGAGUAAUAUUUCAAUUGGUCAUCAUUUUGGGACAAACCGUAUUUGAGGUCAAAGAUGUGGAGCUGGUGUGAUUCCCUUGGCGAACUGUAUUUGAGCGAUCCCCCAUACUGAGCCCGCUUCUGGAAAUAGAACUUGACAAAUGCUCUUUUUCUAAAAUGCAAAAUAUACAAUUCUUACCUUAUUAGGUGGCCAAUGGAUCCACAAACUAUCAACGCAAUGUACAGCUUCAAUGAGAAUGAAAUUAGUGAGUAUACCUUAUCAUGUUUUAUGCUUCAUAAUCAUGGAAUUCGACGAACAAAAAAUCAUUUUACCAUUCUCAUUGGAUUUAAAUAUCUUGGAACAAUGUGGUAAGAUAUUUUAACAACAUAAUUUACUCUUUCUACACCCCCUCAUUACCCAAGUUCAAGUGUCCUCUCAUUUUCUAGCUGUGGCAUUUCGUCGGGCAAUUUGAUCGCUUAUACUCUUUCAUUUGACACUUCUAGUAUUUAACGACUGCAAUCGUUUCUUUUAGUGUUUUUCAGUACAAUACACUCAGUGAUCCGAAGCAUAUUCUCGCAGCAUUUUUGGAAAAAAAUUAAAACAUGUACAGCCGCCUCCAAGCCAAAUCUCAAAAUUUUACUAAGAUAGUAAAUUAUACUUUUACUUGUCUUAUUAUUUCAUUUUUUUUAAGUUAUUCCAGCUGCAAUUCUUCAACCGCCUUUUUUCUACGCCAAAGGAAGUCCAAGGUGAAGUUAAUUUAUAGGGAGCUUAAGCAGUGACGUUUUUAAGAGACACGUCAACCGGAAAUGAGCCUUUUUCUCUUUUAAUAAGCCUUGACUCCACCAUAUUUGUAUUGUCAAGUGUCUUAUUCUUAUAGAGAGGAUUUGCCCAAAAAUUUUUUCAAAAUCACGGCUCCAGAGUGCAAAAAUUCCACUUCCGGUUGACGUGCGCUGUAGCUCAAAAACGUCGCUGCUUAGACUCAAUGACAAACUGUCUGAGUCAUAAAUAAAUGAAUGAAGUGGUUAGUCCUUUCUUGCGGCCGGCUUCAUCACUGAGGGAGGGGUGAGAUAUUUGAAGAUCAAAUGAUCGCCCCAUGUGAGGGAACCUAAGACAGUCUUGAACUCUGGAAUCCAAGCCAUGGAUUCCGGAUUCCAGGUACUGGAUUCCGGAUCAUUUAUCAGUUGAACUUGGAUUCCGGAUUCCAAAGCCCAGGAUUCCGGAUUCCACGACAAAAAUAGGUUGCAUUCCGGUUCCACAAGCAAACAUUUCUCAGAUUAAGGAAUCUGAACUCUCUUACAUGGGGCAAAACUGCGAUGAUAAAGUAAAUAAUUCACCUUAAAAGGAAUCCAGAAGUUCACAUUUCGAGUGCUAGCCUUAAUUUCGCUCCCACGAAACGCUAGUGAAUUUGAUCGUGUUGAUAAAAACCAAUUGUGGGAUAGUCAGAACUACCCUAAGAAGUUUAGUAUGGCAAAGAAAGGUAUCUGAAUAGUAAUAAAAAUGAUAAGUAACAAUAAAAAUAAUCACUAAAAAAAUUCCCUUAAUUUGUCCAUUGCUAAUUAAAAUAGCUAACAAUUUUAAAAUAGUGUAUUCUGGGAAAACUUUCGACUCCCCGAUUUUAAGUUCUAUACUGUCUUGCUCCCCCUUCUCAACAAAGCCACCAAUGUGAUGAUGAAAAGUAAUGAAGGCGAUUAACACAAAUAAGGAAAAGUGUAUUGUCUUAUCGAAAUAUCGAAAUUCUGUUGUUGGUUGAGGUGAGAAUACGAGAUGGUCUUAAUAUUACAUUCACUGCAAAGUCACAAUCUGGACUUAGAAUUUAGGAAAAUUGAUAAUACUUUAAAGAGAAUUAUUUCCUUUUCUUCUUUCCUUCAGAUCAUUGAGCUUUGGAGCAAUUGGAUCAAUUCUUGGGCACGAACUUACGCACGGAUUUGACAACACAGGUGUUUAUAAAUGUCUUAUGCAAACGCAUCUUGUACCUCGUUAACCGACCACCGCCAUGUUGGGCUCUCGUAAGCGACCAUGUGGAAAACUUUUUGAGGGAGGUCGCGUGCGAAAGCUUUCAGCAAAUAAUAGCCUUACAAGAUAACGAGCUGUCCUCCGUUUUUCCUCCGAGCCAUGUGCGGUGAACGAAAAAGUAAAGUUAUGCCAAUUAGUGGUAAAAAGCAGAAGACAUUGGGUCAGAGACCUUGAAAUUAGCCUGCGACAGACAUCUCUUAUAGGAAAAAGGGAUGUCUGCGUAAUGCCGUCGCUGAUCGUGUUCCGGUUUUCCAAGAUCUUGGGAAGGGACUCUGAUUGGUCACCUCACAGUGGGCAUGGUGCAAAUAGAUUCUGACUGGCUGCGAUAAAAAUCUGAUCUCAUAAUGUAUGCGGUGAUUUUUUCAACCUAAAUUUUAAAAACAACAAAGGAAAUAGGAGACGUUUGCAGGAAGGUUAACUGAGAUUGGUCUUAUUUUUUCUUCGCCUGGGUUUCCACCCUCGUUCCUCGCGGCUUCGCUGCUCGUCCCUCACUCGUGCUCUCUAUCUAUUAUGAUUGAAAAGAAAAAUAAGAUCCUACUCGCAGUCUAUAGCUUGACCUUGGUUAUUCGUUACCAUUUUAUUCGUCAUAUACUGAUUCCAAAUGAUUAUUAUUUGAGGUCAGCGUUGGUUUUAAGCUUAUAACUAGCGGACCUAGAGAAACAUAUUUGUUUUUCCAACAAUUUCAUCAGUAUAUUUUCUUGUAGGGAGAAAGUUUAACAAGAAUGGGGAACUAACAGCACAAUGGUGGUCUCAAGACUCGCUAGAUGGGUUCGCAGCUAAGGCAAAAUGCGUUGAGAACCAGUACUCUAUGUACAAAGUUCGCGACAAAUUUCCGGUGCGUGGUUUAUUUUCCUACAUAAUCAACAUCUUACUAAUUUCCAGCCAGUUGAAGAGGCCUUUUCCCCAUCAAAAAAACAUAAAAAUGUUUUAAAAGAUGUCCUAUGUCGGUUUUGUUUUCAAGGGAGAGUGUGUACCAAAGUGAUAACAUAAGCAUUUCUUCCAUUUUUUAAGGUAGUAAUCUUGCCGUCAGAAGCAAUUGCCCUCCUCGAAGUUUCUCUUUCCUUCCGCAAACUUGUUAAUAUUCUGGCAAUCUGUUAGCUGUAUCUUUCAUCCCCUACAAAAACGCGCCGCCAAACACAGCUGAAAGCAAUUAUGGAAUACAUUCAGGAGAAGACGACGAAGAGUACGAUCACCCAUACCUGGUCUACAGUAUUCUGUAAUCAGUUCUUUGUUCUAUUUCCCGCGAGAUUAUUUUAAGACAAUACCUGAUUGGUCGGAUGAUUGAAGCAAAGCCUCAUUUUGUUUAUUUCAGAUAAAUGGAAAGCUGACUCUUGGUGAAAACAUCGCCGACAAUGGAGGAUUUAAAGCUUCUCAUAGGGUAGGUGCAUUCAAAUCUAAGAAAUUGAAUGAGAAAAUGGGAAAGAAAGAAAAAAAAGAAAAUGGGAAUCGUUACAGCAUCCCUUCGGAUGCAUUAAUUUGGCAGUAAACUUACAGGAUGUGAGCUUUACAAAAAAAUCACCUCAUGCAAAAUCAUCGAUAUUCAUGGAAAAUAAAGUUCUAGUGGAAACGAGGAGCGAAGGUUUUCAACGUGUCGCUAUCUUGUAUUCUAUUGGGUAGGGUAUAAAAUUGCUAGACUUAACCAAAAAAAUGGUAAUUUUUCUACGAUGAGCAGCACUAACGUAGCAUCGGAGUUUAUUCAGUUCUAAAUUUAAAGUGUGUGACUCAUCGCUAAGUUUAACAAAAAAGAAGCUGCGCAGGAGCCACUCGCUAUUUUGAUAUAAAGUUGUUUGAACUUGCAUAGGUUGUAAGAAAUCGCUGAAUGAGAGUGAGGGCCAAAAUUGUCUGCUCUUCUUCCUGUUAAUCCCUCUUUAAUUUCUAUUUAAUAUCUCCGUUGCUCUUCUUUUUUUCGCCAGGCCUACCAAAACUGGUUGAAGAAAAACGGCCAGGAAUCAUGGCGUUUACCAGGCUUGAACGUCACAAGCGAGCAAUUGUUCUUCAUAGGAUUUGGUCAGGUGAUUCCAAUUCAAGUUCCUUUGUUUAAUGUUACCGACAUGACAGUUUCAUUUUUGAGGUAUCAGUUCCGAAAAUCUGCCAGACGAGUACUGUUUCUAUAAUUGCAUCAUUUAAAAGUAACACAAGAAUCUCUCAAUCUUAGACAACAAAGAGACAGCCUAGGGCGGCGCCCUUUUUUAAAUUCUAUUAGUGGCUUUAAAAGUCCUGAUUCUAUGUCUAUUCGCAAGUGGUUAUUUAUAUUUUUCAUUCCCCAACGGGAGAAAAAUAGGGAAAAGCAAGGGAAUCUUUUUGGAACAUCAAAUGAUUUUUAUUUCAAACACUCCAUCUCAAUGGCAGGAUAACUCUGAAUCUUCCAUUUCUCGAACAUCACGCUGUUUCUGACAAACAGCUUUCCCUGGUUUGCUUUAUCACAAUAUCAGUCCUCAACUCUUGCGGAAUUUGAAAUUGUAUAACACCUUUAACAUCACAUCACCCGCUUUAUUUUAGUAAACCUCUGACUUUUAAAGUAGCUGUACAAGCUAAUAUCUCCGAGAAAGAGAAAGAAAAAAUAGUAACAAUAAUCCUAAAAGAAAGGAGAUAGAAAAAGAAAAGAAUAAAUAAGAGAAAAUACAGAACUAGGAGAAAAAGAAUUUAACUACCUAUUACCUGUACUAUCAUAUUUGAUGAAACGAAAUUUUGCCGCACUAUGAAUUUGAACUCCUUGAAUUUUCUAUACUCGCAGGCGUAUUGUAGUAAUAGUCGACCAACAGAGCAAUACUUGGCAACUUUAAGUGACAGACAUUCAGAGGAAAAGUUUAGGUGAGUUGUGUUGAUGCAUAUUGGCCCUUCAGUGACCUUUCAACCCCCAUAAUGUAUCCAAAUAAAAAUUCUACAGACGGGAAUAGGUUGAAAGAAAUUGAUAAAGGUUCAAAGCAUUCUCGCUUUGCUUGAUCAUUUGAUCCAUGGAUCACUGCAAUAUCUAACUAUAAAUACGUGUAUCGCAAAAAAUAGCGCUGCUGAAAAGCUAAGAGAAAAGAAAGGGUCAGCUUUGGGUCAAACCGGGGUCACUUGCUCGCCUAAAGUGUUCAACUGAACGAAGACUGUAAGUGUCCUCACUUCAAUAAACGAUUGAACCAGAUAUCGGUUAAAUUAUCAAAGACGGCAAGAUCAUUAUCCGCAGCGGCCCUAAAUUUGUGUCAAGGUGGCGGUUUCGUUUGAUGGGACACAAAUCUGCCAGGGGCAAAUAUUAUGCAGAUCAUGAAUGAGCAAGGACUGUGCCCUAUCAUCGCACUGUCUCCACAAGAAAACGCCUCCAUGGUGACUGUUUUUUUUUCUUUUAAGAGAAUCACUUGAUACAAGAGAAAAUAAGAGGCUUGUGUAUUCUCUUGCUUGAUGUCUUUUUUUUGAAGGUCUGUUAAAGAGAAAAGAUGACUAAGACGUUUUAUAGUCUUAGUUUAAACUCGGUUUUGACCUAAAGAUCUCACCAUGAUGUACCCUCUUCGAUGAAUUUUUUCAAUAUUUUUUGGGGUCUUCUUGUGUAAGUAGAACGCUCUUCAGUGUUAUCAUUGAUUUAUUAAAAAAGGUCAUUGCAUUGAUCAGUCUGAUUUGCUCAGUAGCCACAGGCAAGUGCGAUCUGUUAUUAACAGAUACUGAAUAAUUUUAUUUGUUUGUUCUCAUCAUUAGGGUUAUUGGGACAUUAUCCAAUUCGUAUGAAUUCUCCAGAGCUUUUAACUGCAAACAAAACACGCCAAUGAAUCCUACAAGCAAGUGCGCCGUGUGGUGUAAAGAUGAACAGCUACUUUAAGGGUCCAUACCUUUGGUGUGAAGUAUAUGACGCUUAGUCCGAAUCAACAGACGCCAGAGAGGGUCGAAAUUGAAGUAGAACAUUAAUGAAAUUGUGAUUUUGAAAAUUUCUUAAGGGAAACCAUAUAUAAGGAACAAGUGACAAGCAUGGCUGCGUGACAAACUGUAGCAAGUACAGUUUAUGGUAUCAUUAUAACUGAAGCCUAAGAUACAUUAACAAUCUACAAUCAAGUUUCUGAUCAACAGAUCAGCUAGUGGAAGCCAAGUAAUAACACCAGUAAGAAACAGAAUUUUAUUUACUGUAUCGCUGGUGACGUCAGGGAGGCCGUUAUGGUGGUCAAUAACAAAAGCAUUUCUCUCCUCUGGGAACUAAACUCCAUUUUCAUAUAAAUUCUUUGAGAACCCAACAUGGCUGCCUUGUCACCUGGUUGUAAACCAAGAAUACCACAGAACUACAGUGAAAUAGUGUUUUUGCCUGCUCUGGAUCGUGGUACGCACUUUUUUUUCACGAGAAUCCCCCAUCCCGAAAUUCUGUCAUAGCCGAUACCAAAUAUCGUUUUUUUCCUAGUCCCGCAUCCGUACCCAAAUUUUGGCGAAUCCCGCAUCCCGCAGUUGCGUCAAAUCCCUUAUCCCGUUAACGUUUUCCGAAUCCCGCACUGUAUUAUAGUCAUAACUUGGACCCCGGGCAUACCCCUGCACCAGACUCUGUAGAGUUAAGCCUGACCCAAUUCUUUUACUCAAAAUUAAACACAGCUAAGUGUUACUUCGCGGUCCGGAUUUAUUUUCCCUCAAGGCAUAGUAGUAUUAAUACAGCUCACAAGCGAUACGGUAUGUUUAUUUUUUAAAUUAAAAAAAAAAAUUAUGGCAGCCGUGCACAAUUUAGGAGCAAACUUAAAUUGACCCUAAAUAAUUUUCCAAACACCAGCUCCACAUUCU